AUGGACGGAAGGAAAACCGCAAACCACAAUAUGAAUAGCAAAUGUAAAAAUAUUGUUACAGCUCCAGGGGGGUCGGACCACCAGGAGUCGUUGGUAGCAGGUGGAUCUGGUGUAAAUAUCAGGUUCAACAGAGCGGGCUUGCUACUUUCGUUACCAGUCAACCGCGACAAAUCGGAUAAAGGGGUGUCCAGCAUGGCCCCGGAUUCUGACAAACAUGCUACUGCUGAGACAGACGUGCCUCCGGGUACGCAACCAAGGGAUAUGUUAUAUUUUAUACAGCAUAGAGCCCAUGAUACCGGUGAGAACGUAGCUGUGGCUACCAAUCUGACCUUAACUGACCACAAGCGAAAGCGAUCAUCUUAUGAAGAUGAUGACCAUAAUAGAAAAUUGUCUCGAACCUCAAGAGCAGCACUUGAUAUCCACCAUGUCAUUGAGCCGGUGAAAAAAGAAAGAGUCUACCACCUGAGGAUAUCGACAAAAAGUUUAAAAAAGUAA